AUGUCAUGCUUAGAAAUGCACAAAUCCAUAAAUGGUGAUGCUAGAAUCUCUUUCUCUAACGAAUUUGUCGAGAUCAUCGGAUCGGAGAAGAGUAAUAAUGCUAAGAGCAACAACAUUAACACGAGAAGCUCUCUCUCCAAGCCCUCUUCUGAUUUCGAGUUCUCAGUCUCCGAUUACACCAUGAUUCCCGCCGAUGAGAUCAUCCUCAAAGGAAAAAUCUUACCUUAUAAGGAGACCAGGACACUGAGAGAAGAGCUUCUUGUUGAAGAAGAGGAUCAUGUGGUCGACGGCAACAUUUUUUCCCUCAGGCCCCAACUUUUGCCUUCUUCGUCCUUUUCCACAAAGGGCACGUGGAAGGAGCUAUUGGGGCUCAAGAAGGCCCAUGUCAGAUCUAAGAAGACCGAUAGAAUCAAUGAGGAAGAGAAUUGUUCACCGGGUCAAGAUCACAAAACAAUCUCAGUUUAA